UCUUUCAAAUAAACAGAAUUUAGCGCUGGUCAAAAUUGAAAUUCUUCCGGCACAUGUGUUUGCAAUAUUGUUCUCUAAUCCGUUGAAUUUUGUGAAAUUUUUCGAUGGAUACAACUGACUUGUUUCGGAAACUCACUUGUGGAGUAAAAUUUUCUUCGAAAAACAAUGCUUUACUCAAACGAAAACGAGCAACAGAACCAAAAACACCGGCAAAUCCCGUAGAAGUAAAGUUGGAAAUCAAGACGGAGGAUGAUGAUUCGUGCAGCGAUAGCGAAAAAACGCAACAAGCUUCUAUUUUCCAGCACAGUCCAUUGGUGUUAAGCGAAGAUGAUAUAAAAGAUGAAAUUAAAUCGGAAACCGAAGACGAUGAGUCCGAAGAGCGCAAGCGAAUAAAACUAAUGUCACCGGAGAAACUCAAACGCUACCGGCUGCAUCGAGCUAACCGGCUACGGAACAUUCAUCAGAUUAGGUUGAAAAAAUGUACCGUUCCUGUAGCAGAACCUAUCGAGAGUUUUCAACAGUUAAGAGCAGCCGAAGGAUUUAACGUGUCAAAUCAGUUGAUUAAAAACAUAGUCGAAAGUGGCUACAAAACUCCGACGCCCGUUCAAAUGCAAGCAAUUCCGGUACUGUUGGAGGGACACGCGCUGAAUGCCUGCGCACCAACCGGGUCCGGUAAAACAGCGGCUUUCUUGAUUCCGAUCAUUCAUCACCUGAAGAAACCGAUGAAGUGUGGAUUUCGCGCAUUGGUAGUUUGUCCCACCAGAGAACUGGCCAAACAAACCCAACGCGAAGCAUUGCGCCUGUGUGAGGACAUUAAUCUUAGGACUCACGUUAUAACAAAAGUUGACGAGGCGAGCACCGACUAUGGCCUGGAGAGUCGUAAGCAUUACGAUAUUUUGGUAACUACACCGAAUCGGAUUUGUUUUCUGGCCAAUCACGACCCACCGUUGAUUGAUCUGAGUAACAUUCAGUACGUGGUAGUUGACGAGGCCGACAAGCUGUUUGAGGAAUCGAAGAACGGCUUUCGGGAGCAGUUGGAUACGAUCAUGAACGCUUGCACGAACCCUUGCAAAGUGGUGGCUUUUUUCAGUGCCACAUCAACGCGAGAAGUUUCCGAAUGGGCUGGUGCCAAUAUGCCAAACCGAGUACGGUUUUCGGUAGGAAUAGCUAAUAUGGCGGUUGAUCUCGUCGAUCAAGAACUGCUGUUUGUGGGGAACGAAAGCGGCAAGCUGUUGGCCUUUCGUGAGAUGGUUCACAAGGGUCUAAACCCACCGGUUUUGGUUUUCGUGCAAAGCAAAGACCGAGCUCAACAGCUGUUUACGGAACUAAUCUACGAUGGAUUGAAUGUGGAUGUAAUUCAUGCCGAUCGGAGUCAACGGGAACGGGACAACGUGGUUCGAUCGUUCCGCGAGGGUAAAAUUUGGAUUCUAAUUUGCACGGAACUCAUGAGUCGGGGUAUCGAUUUCAAGGGGGUCAACGUGGUGGUAAAUUUCGACUUUCCACCAUCGACGAUUAGCUACGUGCAUCGAAUCGGCAGAACUGGUCGUGCCGGGCGUCGCGGAAAGGCAGUCACCUACUUCACCAAGGACGAUACCACCAAUCUGAGAAGUAUAGCUCAGCUGAUCAAGAAGGCCGGUGGAAACGUUCCGGAGUAUAUGCUGAAGUUGCGGAAGAGUUCGAAACGGGAACGGAAGAAACUGGAACAGAAAGCACCGAAACGGGCGGCCAUCCGAACUCUGCCAGCUUUUGCUAUGCAGGAACGAGCCAAGAAGAAAAAACUGAUUGCCCGGACAAAAGCAGCUAAAAGUCCGGCCGGGUCCGAGUCGCAUGGUCCCAAAAAGAGAAAGAGAAAGAUUCGACCGAAUGGUGAAAAGUAAAAAUGAUUGGAUGUUCAUUUGAGUUUCGAUUAGGCAAUAAAAAUCGCAUUUUUCCAAAUA